CACCAUAUGAACUUUAACAGAGAGUAGCUUUUCAUGGACAUUUAAAUCACAACAGAAACAGUUAAUACUACCUUGAGAAACAUCAUAAGAAAUGGGUGGAUGGGAUUUAACAACAACUUUACCAUCUGGGAAUCCUGAUCAUUAUUUUCAAUGCUUUCAAGAGUUGGUUGAACGUCAUCGACUUCCACAACGGCAAUGUAUGCUGACUCUUGUGACGACAUUUUUUGGAUAUUUCCUCAUUGGAACAGUUACGAUCAGUCAGAUUCCACAAAUACUUAAAAUACUCCGAAGAAGGAACGCGAGUGGUGUCAGCUUUGUUAGUAUAAUUUUGAUGUUGCAAGCAUCCUCAUCGAAAGUUGCAUAUUGCGUUCAGGAGAACUUCACAUUCAGUGCGUGGGGAGAAAAUCUAGUUCUAAUGGUGGAAAUGGUUGUAUUGGUCCUGCUUCUACUCAGUUACAAUGACAGACCUAUCAGCGCAGUGUGUUUUAUGCUAUUCUACACUAUCAUAAUGUUAACACUUAUUAUACCAUUGGUGCCAACGAAAUUCAUAACGUAUUUAAACAUUUGCAGUAUACCUGUUUUAAGUAUAAGCAGGAUAAUUCAGAUAUACACCAAUCACAAAAACCAUGACACGGGACAGUUAUCUGGGACAUCGUCAGUUCUUUGUGUUUUCCAAAGUUUUGGAAGAAUAUCAACAUCUAUUUUAUUGACACGUGACUGGAUUCUUAUAUUAACUUUUGUUCAGUUAUUGAUAUCGAACUUGAUUUUGACAUUGCAAGUAAUAUAUUACAGAAGGAAAAACAGAAAAUUAAAGUGAUAUUUACUUUUGAAC